AUGGACGACUUCACUGAGCUCGAGCUCUUAUCGCUCGUCUCCAAAGUCACCUCGGAACUACAGAACCAUCUUGGAAUCAGCGACAAGACUCUCGCCGAGUUUGUCAUCGAUCAACACGAAAAAUGCGGCGGAAAGUUAGACCAGUUCAAAGAGGCUCUGGCCUCCAUGGGGGCCGAGUUCCCGAACAGCCUGGUGGAGAGCAUCGACCGGUUGAUUUUGACCAUGCAUCCGAAAUACAAAAACCAGAAGAAGGAAGAGGCGGCACAAAAGGAAAAGUCGGAUAUGGAUGAGUUGGACGAGAUCAGUCGCAAGGCGAGGGUCUUCAAAGGGCUCGCUGUGCCGGACCGCGAACGUUUAUGGGACGAUUACGAAGAUGACAUGGUUGGACAGAAAACCAUCGACGAGACUCGGCCGCCUGACGUGGGAACGCCGGAGGAGGACGAUACCUUUGCGCUUCUUGAAGGGCUCGCGGGAAAAGAGCGGAACGGUACAAAUGGGGCCAGCGAUAGAACUAGGAAGAGGAGUCGCAGUCCGGAUGGUGAUGAGUAUCGAGAUUCUCGGCGAAAACACUGGUCUCGAAGUCCUAGUCCUCGAGGGGAGAAAAGGUCACGGCGAGGGAGAGACGAUGAUUACGACUACCGGUAUAGAGACCGACGCGACGACCGAAGAAAUGGCCAUCAUAAGAGCAGGAGACACGACUAUGAUGACGAAGGAGACGAUUUCAAAAGGCCUCCUCCGCGGGAGAUGGACGAGGCUCCCGUAUUAUACAAGGUUUACGACGCCGUCAUCAAUGGGAUCAAGGAUUUCGGUGCUUUUGCCAACCUCGAAGGUGUCAAAGGGGGUCCGAGCGGUCUGAUUCAUGUUUCUGCGAUACAGGAAGGUGCAAGAGUCAACCAUCCAUCCGAUCUUUUGUCUCGCGGCCACCGAGUCAAGGUCAAAGUUGUCAAGAUGGAAAACGGCAAGAUUAGUCUUUCGAUGAAAGAGGUUGAUCAAGAGUCUGGCCAGGACUUGGUUCCGUCGAGAAGAAUCGCUUCAGGUGCCAACAUGGAACGACUGAACGGCGUCUCAUCAAAUGACCGGUAUGGAAAUCUGGGUAGUAGUGUGCCGGUCAUCGAAGACGACUACAACUCGAAACCGACUAGGAACAAAAAGCGAUUGACCUCUCCCGAGCGGUGGGAAAUCAAGCAGCUUAUUGCCUCUGGUGCUAUCUCCGCCCAAGACUACCCGGACAUUGAUGAGGAAUACAACGCCACUCUAAAUGGAGAGGGGCAAUUCGAGGAAGAAGAGGAUAUCGACAUCGAAGUCAAAGAAGAAGAACCUCCUUUCCUCGCCGGCCAGACCAAGCAAUCUCUGGAGUUGUCUCCCAUUCGAGUGGUCAAAGCUCCUGAAGGUUCAUUGAACAGAGCGGCUCAAGCAGGGACUGCUCUCACAAAGGAGCGAAGAGAAUUGAAGCAACAGGAAGCGGCAGAAAAGGCCGCUGAAGAGGCUUCAAAGGUCGAUUUGAAUGCACAGUGGCAGGAUCCCAUGAUCAGUCCUGAACAGCGGAAAUUCGCUGCCGAUCUCAGACAAGCUCAACAACAAUCUUCCAAAGCGAUUGCGGCGGUACCGGAGUGGAAGCGAGCAGUUCAAAGCAAAGACCAGUCUUUUGGCCGACGGACGAAUAUGACCAUCAAGCAGCAGAGAGAAUCGCUCCCGGUGUUCAAGUUCCGGAAUCAGUUGCUUGAGGCUAUUGCCGCGAACCAGUUACUGAUUGUCGUCGGAGACACGGGGUCAGGAAAGACAACUCAGGUGACUCAAUAUCUCGCUGAAGCAGGGUAUGCAAACAAUGGAAUUAUUGGCUGCACACAACCUCGCAGAGUGGCUGCCAUGUCCGUCGCGAAGCGUGUUGCCGAAGAGGUUGGUUGUGAGCUUGGCAAAGAAGUCGGUUAUACCAUCCGGUUUGAAGAUCGGACUUCGCCUGAGACGAAAAUAAAGUAUAUGACCGAUGGUAUGCUUCAGCGGGAGAUCCUCCUAGAUCCAGACCUCAAGAGGUACAGCGUUAUCAUGCUGGAUGAAGCCCACGAGAGAACAAUCGCAACUGACGUGCUGUUUGGCCUGUUGAAGAAGACUCUCAAAAGACGUCCAGACCUGAAACUAAUUGUCACUUCGGCCACCCUCGACGCUGAGAAAUUUUCGGAGUAUUUCAAUCAAUGCCCAAUCUUCUCCAUUCCCGGAAGGACGUUCCCCGUGGAAAUCAUGUACUCGAGGGAGCCGGAGGAGGACUAUUUGGACGCUGCUUUGACGACCGUCAUGCAGAUCCAUCUUACUGAACCGCCGGGUGACAUUCUACUUUUCUUGACGGGUCAAGAAGAAAUCGACACCAGUUGCGAAGUCCUGUACGAAAGGAUGAAAGCGUUGGGACCUUCAGUACCAGAGUUGAUCAUCCUGCCAGUCUACUCCGCGCUGCCCAGCGAGAUGCAGAGCCGGAUCUUUGAUCCUGCACCUCCUGGAAGCAGAAAAGUUGUGAUUGCCACAAACAUUGCCGAGACCUCCAUUACCAUCGACCACAUCUAUUAUGUCAUCGAUCCCGGGUUUGUCAAGCGGAGCGCUUAUGACCCUAAGCUUGGAAUGGAUUCCCUAGUGGUCACUCCCAUCUCACAGGCACAGGCUAAACAGCGUGCCGGUCGGGCAGGCAGAACUGGGCCAGGGAAAUGCUUCCGUUUAUAUACUGAAGCCGCAUACCAGUCCGAGAUGCUUCCGACUUCUAUUCCGGAAAUUCAACGGCAGAAUUUGUCCAAUACUAUCCUGAUGCUCAAGGCCAUGGGCAUCAACGACCUCCUACACUUUGACUUCAUGGACCCUCCACCUACCAACACCAUGUUGACCGCGCUUGAAGAGUUGUAUGCUCUCUCUGCACUGGACGACGAAGGCCUGUUGACUCGACUUGGUCGGAAGAUGGCCGACUUCCCCAUGGAGCCGGGCUUAUCCAAAACACUUAUUGCCUCGGUUGAGAUGGGCUGUUCUGAAGAAGUUCUCACGAUUGUCGCCAUGCUCUCUGUCCAGAAUGUAUUCUAUCGACCCAAGGAAAAACAGCAACAGGCCGAUCAAAAGAAGAGCAAGUUCCACGACCCUCAUGGCGACCACCUCACUCUGUUGAAUGUCUACAAUGCAUGGAAGCAGUCACGGUACAGUGACGCCUGGUGCUUUGAGAACUUUAUACAAAAGCGGCAGAUUGCUCGGGCCCGCGAUGUCCGGCAACAACUGGUCAAUAUUAUGCAGCGGUACAAACAUCCUAUCGUAUCAUGUGGCCGCAACACAAUCAAGGUCCGUCAGGCGUUGUGUUCUGGUUUCUUCCGCAAUUCGGCGCGCAAGGAUCCUCAGGAGGGAUACAAGACACUCAUCGAGGGAACUCCUGUCUACAUGCACCCUAGCAGCUCGUUGUUCGGCAAGCCCGCGGAAUAUGUUAUAUUUCAUACGUUAGUGCUCACGACUAAGGAAUAUAUGCAUUGUGCGACUGUGAUUGAACCAAAGUGGCUCGUCGAAGCAGCACCCACGUUCUUCAAAGUCGCCCCUACAGAUCGCCUGAGUAAACGUAAGAAGGCCGAGAGGAUUCAACCGUUGCACAACAAGUUUGCAGGAGAGGAUGAUUGGAGAUUGAGUGCCCAGAAGAGACAGGGCAGAGGCGGUGGUGGAGGGACUUGGGGUUAG